ACCGUUAUAGAUAAUGAUAACUCUCUCUCUUCCCUCUCCCGCCAAAUUCAUCCCUCCUUCUCCCAAAUCCAAAAACCUCAAAUCCCGUCGAAUUAGGAACCCUGAUUUCGAAGCUCUGAAGGAUACUUUGAUUCGACAAGCCAAUGUUGGAAAUCUUAAGCAAGCAAUCUCGACGCUUGAUCACAUUUCUCAAAUGGGUUUUACCCCUGACCUCACCUCCUAUACAGUUCUCCUCAAAUCUUGCAUCAGGACCCGAAAUUUCCAAAUUGGGCAACUUCUACACUCUAAACUCAACGAUUCGCCACUCGAACCGGACACCAUUCUUCUUAACUCGUUGAUAAGUUUAUAUUCUAAAAUGGGCAGUUGGGAUACUGCUGAAAAGACUUUCGAGAGCAUGGGUGAGAAGCGGGAUUUGGUUUCUUGGAGUGCAAUGAUUUCGUGCUAUGCUCAUUGUGGUAUGGAGUUGGAAUCCGUGUUUACUUUCUUUGAUAUGGUGGAGUUUGGGGAGUACCCGAAUCAGUUCUGCUUCUCUGCGGUGAUUCAGGCAUGUUGUAGUGCGGAGUUGGGUUGGGUUGGGUUGGCGAUAUUUGGGUUUGUGAUUAAAACUGGGUAUUUUGAGUCGGAUAUUUGUGUUGGGUGUGCACUGAUUGAUUUGUUUGCUAAAGGGUUUAGUGAUUUGAGGUCAGCUAAGAAAGUGUUCGAUAGAAUGCCUGAGAGGAAUCUUGUUACUUGGACUUUGAUGAUUACUAGAUUUUCACAACUUGGUGCUUCAAGGGAUGCUGUUAGACUGUUCUUGGAAAUGGUUUCUGAAGGAUUUGUCCCUGAUAGGUUUACGUUUAGUGGUGUUUUAUCAGCUUGUGCUGAGCCAGGGUUGUCUUUGCUUGGGAGGCAACUGCAUGGUCGGGUGAUUAAGUCUAGGUUGUCUGCAGAUGUUUGUGUCGGGUGCAGUUUGGUGGACAUGUAUGCAAAAAGUACGAUGAAUGGAUCCAUGGAUGAUUCAAGAAAGGUUUUUGAUCGGAUGGCUGAUCAUAAUGUCAUGUCUUGGACUGCUAUUAUAACUGGAUAUGUGCAAAGCGGACACUACGAUAUGGAAGCUAUUAAAUUGUACUGUAGGAUGAUAGAUAGUGCAGUUAAACCAAACCAUUUUACAUUUUCUAGUCUUUUAAAGGCAUGUGGAAAUCUUUCGAAUCCUGCUAUGGGCGAACAGAUCUAUAAUCAUGCAGUGAAAUUGGGUCUUGCAUCUGUGAACUGUGUAGCCAACUCUCUAAUUAGCAUGUAUGCCAAGUCUGGUAGGAUGGAAGAAGCCCGAAAAGCUUUCGAUCUUCUGUUUGAGAAGAAUUUAGUUUCUUAUAACAUAAUAGUUGACGGAUAUUCAAAGAAUUUGGAUUCUGCAGAAGCUUUUGAACUUUUCAGCCAUUUAGACUCUGAAGUUGGGGUUGAUACUUUCACGUUUGCUAGUUUAUUGAGUGGAGCUGCAAGUGUAGGUGCAGUUGGAAAGGGAGAGCAGAUCCAUGCUCGGGUCUUAAAAGCAGGGAUCCAGUCCAACCAAUCUGUCUCCAAUGCUUUGAUAUCUAUGUAUUCUAGAUGCGGUAAUAUAGAGGCUGCUUUUCAAGUUUUUGAAGGAAUGGAAGAUAGAAAUGUAAUAUCUUGGACUUCAAUUAUAACAGGUUUUGCAAAACAUGGAUUUGCCCACAGAGCUGUGGAAUUGUUCAAUCAAAUGCUUGAGGAUGGUAUAAAACCAAAUGAAGUCACAUACAUUGCUGUUUUAUCAGCUUGUAGCCAUGUUGGUUUAGUUGAUGAGGGAUGGAAAUAUUUUGACUCAAUGUCAAUAGAUCACGGGAUAACUCCAAGGAUGGAACAUUAUGCAUGCAUGGUUGAUUUGUUAGGCCGAUCAGGCUCUCUUGAAAAGGCUGUUCAGUUUAUCAAAUCACUGCCCUUGAAUGUUGAUGCUCUUGUUUGGCGCACCUUGCUUGGGGCUUGCCAGGUGCAUGGUAAUUUACAACUGGGGAAGUAUGCCUCAGAAAUGAUUCUUGAACAGGAGCCAAAUGAUCCAGCAGCACACGUCUUACUAUCUAACUUGUAUGCUUCGAGGGGUCAAUGGGAGGAGGUAGCAAAGAUCAGAAAAGACAUGAAAGAAAAGAGAAUGGUGAAGGAAGCUGGAUGUAGUUGGAUAGAAGCUAAAAAUAGUGUCCACAAGUUUUAUGUAGGCGACACAAAGCAUCCCAAAGCAAAGGAGAUAUAUGAAAAAUUAGGUAAGGUAGCACUUAAAAUAAAGGAGAUAGGCUAUGUUCCUAACACAGACUUGGUGCUUCACGAGGUGGAGGAUGAACAAAAGGAGCAAUAUCUUUUCCAGCACAGUGAGAAAAUUGCUUUGGCCUUUGGUCUUAUUAGCACAUCCAAACAAAAGCCCAUCAGAAUAUUCAAAAAUCUUCGAGUAUGUGGAGAUUGCCAUAAUGCGAUGAAGUUCAUAUCAGUAGCAGAGGGAAGAGAGAUAAUCAUUAGAGAUUCUAAUCGUUUUCACCAUAUUAAAGAUGGACUCUGCUCCUGCAAUGACUAUUGGUGAAAGUCUUAUUGUCAAUUAUGGUCUUAUUGGCAAGUAC